UUCAACUUCAGAACUGAUCUCUAAAGUCAUGGAUGGAAUUCCUUCUUCUUAUUCUUUGCUCGGUUUUUUCUUUGUUCUGGCAAUUUUAUCUUUCUCUCAGUUGUCAACAGCGGAUUACGUAUACUGUGGGAAACAAGGUGAUCCAUAUUGCCCUGGUAAAGGCUGUGAAGCUCCAGUUUUUGCGUCCCCUGAUCCUGGUAGUAACUGCGCUACAUGUAGUGAGAGAUGCAAAGGGGAUUACAAUGAUAUGUAUAGAGGAUCUUAUUGUUACAUCAGUCCGCAAGAUGCUAUCCAUCGUUACUGCCUUUGCUGCGUUCAUUAUAUGCAAGAUGAUGCGAUAUAUAUACCACCAACAACGGCACCAGCACCAGGAGAACUUGCUCCACAAACCCCUCCUUAUGUGGCGCCUCCACCUCCUCAUGCUGAACCUCCGCCGCCUCCACAAGCUCCCCCAGUCUUUAUAUUAAAUCAUGAUCCGGCCGUUUCUUGUGAUAGGGGAUAUACAGUUACUACCCAUGUUGAUGACUGCUCUGAAUGUAAUGAAAGAUGUAAAUCAGGAUCAUUCACAGAUGUCCUUCAAGGAGUCUUUUGUUACGACACUAGUGCAGGAAAACCUUACUGUAACUGUUGCGUUCGUUAUGUGGAAGUGACGCAGUUACCAAUAGCGCCACCAAUGCCGGCACCAAUGGUCCCACCAGUAGUGACGCCGACACCACCGACUGAAGAUCCUCAAACUCCUGGAUGUUUUGUACCUGUGACUGAACAGACACCUCCUGUUUAUCCACCUGAUAUUAAACCUGUUGCGUCUCCACCAACUCCUGUUCCUGAUGCCAAAAAACAGAAAGGAAAGGAUCAUCAUCGUAAGAUCCAUCCGGUAUCGCCUAAACCUGUGGCGCCAAUUGCUUCUCCCCCACCGGUAUAACAACCUGAAACAGAAAAGGACCCUAAAGUCAAUCAUUAAUCCGUCCUGGAUAGUUGGUGACUUGUCACAACUAAACAUCAAAGCAACUAUCUACAACUAAUUAAAAUAAGAUCCGCAAUGUAAUUUUUAUGUUAUAAAAAUCUUAAGUUUGAUGGUCUUCAUA